CUGCCCCCGCGCCUCGCCAUGGGCGCCGCGCGCCGCCGGGCGCUGUCCGUGCUGCCGGCCCUGCUGUUGGCCCUGGCCCUGCCCGCGCCGGCCGUCCGCGCGCAGAACGACACGGAGCCCAUCGUGCUGGAGGGCAAGUGCCUGGUGGUGUGCGACUCGAACCCGGCCACGGACGCCAAGGGCUCCUCGUCGUCCCCGCUGGGCAUCUCGGUGCGCGCGGCCAACUCCAAGGUGGCGUUCUCGGCCGUGCGCAGCACCAACCACGAGCCCUCGGAGAUGAGCAACAAGACGCGCAUCAUUUACUUCGAUCAGAUCCUAGUAAACGUGGGUAAUUUUUUCACGCUGGAGUCUGUCUUUGUAGCCCCGAGAAAAGGAAUUUACAGUUUCAGUUUUCACGUAAUUAAAGUCUACCAGAGCCAGACAAUCCAGGUUAACCUGAUGUUGAAUGGGAAACCGGUCAUAUCUGCUUUCGCUGGGGACAAAGAUGUGACUCGUGAAGCUGCCACCAACGGAGUCUUACUCUACCUGGAUAAAGAGGAUAAGGUUUACCUGAAACUGGAGAAAGGUAAUCUGGUUGGAGGCUGGCAGUAUUCGACCUUCUCCGGCUUCCUGGUGUUUCCCUUAUAG